AUGCAGCGUGCCGGCUUCCCUGUGGGUCAAGCCCGGGCGAACAAGAUCUAUGCCAAGCUCCACGGAGCUACGACCCGUGCCGGAACCCCGUUCCACCAUUUAACGAAGGGCUGGUGUGGGCGCUUUCUGAGCCGCCACCCCGUGCUGACCACGCGAUCUGCGCAGAAGAUCACCCGCGUGCGUAACUCGGUCGACGCCGACUCCGUCCGCGACCUUUUCCACGCCAUAGCGAAGAGAGUGGUGGAGUUGCAGCUCUCCGCCGACCGCGUCUUCAACAUGGACGAGACGGCGUUCAUGCCGAAAGGCACGUCGAGAAGGGUGCUGGUGCUUAAAGGGUCGACUAAUGUCUGGAGCAAGGAAACCCAAGCCAACUUCCACAUGGCAGUGGUUGCAGCAGUGAAUGCCGCAGGAGUGGCUAUCACUCCGCUCCUUAUUCUGCCUGGAAAGCGGAUCUACAAGAGGGACAAGACUGCAAUCACCAUCAAGGGCGCCCGAGUUACCGGUACUUCGAAGGGAUUCAGUAACGGCAGCGUAUUCCGCUUGUGGCUAAAGCUCUUCGUGGAACAAGCUACAAUUCUCCAGGUGCAGUUUCCUGUGGUGCUGGUUCUGGACAAUAGCUGCACGCACCUCGAUCUCGGUACGUAUUGA